CUGGUGGUUUUUGAUAUGGGGGAUAUGGCUCCCGGCCCAGGGUUGCCUUUCAUCAUAGGAUGACAGUGGUGCUCUAAGUUUUGUGAGUUACCUUUCAACCCCAGUUUUUGGUUGCUUUAUUGCAUGUCCAGUUAUUCUGUUGUUCAGUGUAAAUGCCUUAAGAAAAUAUAGGUGUGCACUGUAGAUGCUUAAUGGUACUGAUGACACAAAGGUUUCCUGCUAAACUAUAGGGAUAUUUUCAUAAUGUUUUUCAAGGAGUCUUUCAUAAUCUCUAGUUAAAUCUAAUGUAUUUAUCUGAACAAACUUAAACUAGAGUAUUCUACAUUGGACAGAUUAUUUAAAACCGUUUAAGAUUGUUGAAUCCUUUAUAUCAUUGGCGACAACACAAAAGGAGCACUUCAAUACUGUCUUGGUGUCUUUAUAUAAAGACAAGUGUGAAAAUUCCCACAUCUAGACUGGGUAAAUUGAUCUAAAUUUUUAUGUAGUGUGUUUUAGGAAUGUUUUGCUGGUGCAUGCAAAAUAGAUGGGAUAAUGGAAAGAACACUAAAUGACAAUUGGUCUUCCAAAUGAAUUAUCAUAUUUAUACAGUGAAAUUAAUUGCAAAGUGGCUUAAGGAGAUCAAAAUCAAUGUUUUGGAGUGACCAUCACAAAGCCCUUAUCUCAAUCUCAUGUGUGCAUCGCUGAAAGAGUGUGUAAGAAAGGGCAGCCUGCAAACACCAAUUCUGUCAGGAGGAAUGGGCCAAAACUCCAGCAAACUAUUGUGAGAAGCUUGAGGAAGGAUACCCAAGGCAAACAUUUGGUGCAAAUGUUUCUGGAUCAUUAUUUAGAUCUGUCGAAGUCACUGUCAGCCAAAGUGAUAUGCUAUGAUGAUCAGCUCAACUCUUGUGCCUUAUGAUGUGAUUGACCCAAGUACACACCAAACAUAAUUCGCAGUUUUCCCCUUAAGUUAGCUUUAAAAAAAAACUUUAAAAAAAUAUUUCUGAACUCUUUCCAUCUCCCAGCUGUGGUUUUAUUUUCACUGUACAUUUGUCUGUGAGAAAAUACACCACAGAAUAAUAUGCUUACUAUGUUUUUUUGCAAAUAUAAAGAUGAAAGUCCACAUUUUAAAAUCUAGAUAUAAUGUUGGCCAAAAACCCUGCUGCGCCACUCGUUAAGUUGGAGGAGAGAGAUGGUGCUGGCAUCUCCAACCGCUUUCCCUCCCACCCCUCCUCUCCGUCCCUCAUGCUGGAGACAGAUCUGUGGAUCCGGUCAGGCGGGAGAGAGAGAAGCCCCUCCCCGCAGAUCAUCAUCACACCAGUGAAUGGUCCUUUUAACUGCAUUGUUGAGGGAAGAAGCGACGCCCCGCUUUGAGGAUCAAACAGUCCCCUGCGAUCGGAACGACCCCCAUUUCUGUUCUCAUGGAAAUCAGACCCAGCUUAUUGACCGCACUUUCUGCAGACAUGCGAAGUUGAAGGCACAUUCCCAGCUGGGACAACUCGCGAUGUGGGUGUCUCGGAGAAGCUGAUUGUUUCAUUUUAACCCCUAAUCUUUUUUCUGUCGCUUGAUUUUGUGUUAUUCGCAUCCUACUUUUGUUUCAUUUCAUGACAACAUGCUGCAUCUGACGAGCCGCCUUGUUUUCUGCGCGCUCCUCGGCUCCAUUUACGCGUCGUGCCCUCCGCGCUGCGAGUGCUCGGAAGCGGCUCAGACCGUGAAGUGCGUCUCCAAAGACCUGAGGAAUAUUCCGGCUGGGAUCCCCGGAUACACUAGGAAUCUGUUUAUUACCGGGAAUCAGAUCAGUCGGAUCGGUCCAGAGUCUUUUAGAGGUCUGGAUAAUGUUACCAAUCUCUCUCUAAGCAACAACAGAAUUUUAGAAGUGGAAUCCCACACCUUCUCUGGACUCCAGCGCCUUCGCUCUCUGGACCUGAGCAACAACCAGCUGGCUGUCAUUCACCCCGAAGCCUUCAGCAUCCUCAGCCAGUCCCUACGGGAGCUCAACCUUAGCCGAGCCCUCUACAACUACUCGUCUGUAAUAGACUUGGCCACCUCCCUUCAUUGGAGCUCCAUGGGUAACCUGCAGGUUCUGGACCUGUCCGACAACAGCCUCAUCUACCUGCCCUCGCGCAUCUUUUCCCACAUGAGCGGCAUGCGCCGGCUUCAUCUCUCCAACAACUCCCUGGUGGCCAUCCGCAACCUCACCCUGUCCAGUCUGGAGAGCCUGGAGGAGCUUGAUCUCACGCUCAAUGCUCUCAAGACCUUCACCGAUGAGGGCUUGCAUGAGUUGGACUCUCUGCCCCGAGCCUCUCUGCUACUGGGGGAGAACCCGUUCACAUGCACCUGCGGCAUUGAACCCUUUGCACAGUGGCUCAACAGGUCCCAGGAUCGGGUCAGGGAUGCAGAGGACCUCGUGUGUGCCUUCCCUCCUAGCAUGGGGAACACAUCCAUCCUUGCAGUGGGCACACUGACUCUGGAAUGCCAUCAGAGGGACACAGGGGCACACCUCGCUUUGCAGACCUCUUAUGUCUUCUUGGGAAUUGUCUUAGGCUUCAUAGGCCUAAUUUUUCUCUUAGUACUGUACCUCAACCGCAAGGGAAUCAAGAAGCGUGUGUAUGACAUGCGGGAUGCCUGCAGGGAGGUCUGGGAGGGCUACCACUACCGCUUUGAGAUCGACUCUGACCCCAGGUUAUCACAGGUCUCCACAAGUGCUGACGCAUGAGAGGACGAUCACUGCACUAGUUCCACAAGAAACUCUUUCUCCUAAUUCAUUUAUCAGCAACAGAAUGUAAAAAAAUGUACAGAUGUGCCUGUAAAUAUAUCUAAAAACAAAACUUUGAUCAAAGCAUGCACUCCUCAGUCAAAUGGAGAUGUUUGACAUUUUUAAGAAGUAAAAGUAAGUGCCUACAUUAAGCUCAGUAUUGCUUCUCGAAUCAAACAGAUUUCAUAGAAGGGGAAAAAACAGCACUGCAAUAAAAUUCUGUCACUAUGAAAACAAACCUUUGGGAAUUUAAAGCACAAUCACUCAUUCAUCUUUGAUCCCUUUCAAGCCCUUUUGUCCCUCCAACCUCCUGCCCCAGGGUGCCAGUGAGGAAUUAAGCCACCAAAAGCUUUUUCUCUCCCCCUAAAGCUCCUCUUAAAAUUGCCACUUUGCCCCUCUUUGGCUGUUGGAUUAGAAGGAGAGAAGACAAUUCAGCGCAGGCCAGUGGAAAUCUCCCUGCCCCUUCAUUUUUUUUCUCCUUUCUCUUUUUCGUGAAACUUUGCUUUGUUUCAACUCCUUGAGUUUUAUUGUCAAAAUGAUGAGAACCAGCCCUGAGCUGAGGCUGCUAAAAGCAGCCCCCCCUUCCUUCCUCCUUAAAGACAACAGCCCUCGCUCUGGAGGCUCUUUGAAGAAAAAAAAGGGUCUGGCUCGCCACAUUUUUCUGUUUAGGGGGCUUUUCCUCCCUGCUAUGAUAAGAUACAGAUGAUUCUUAAACACCAGCCACAUUGUUUCAUUCACAAGGUCUUUUCAAGCACUUGGUGAGCUAAGAAAAAUAUGUUCUUUAAAGGGUUGAUUUAGAUUUUCUUAAUGUAGGUUCUGUGAGGUUAUCAGUAACAGCUUUCUUACCUAUGGUAGAAAGAUGCCAUAUUGCAGUCAGUUUGUAGGGAAGAAAGGAAACUCUUCGAGUGAUAGAAAGCUAACAGGUAGUCCAAUAAAUUAACAGACUCAGUUCUUCACGUGCUUCAUUGUGGGUCCACAGAACAGCUCUUUUUUAAGCUGAGUUAUAAAUAACGAGCAUUUCAAAGGGGAUAUUUGUUUGGACAGCCAGGGAUAAUUAUCAUAGGAGAGUGAAGCUAACACCCAACCUUAAAAUAAGCUCAGUGAAAAGCUGCAGAAAAGCCCAGAAUUAUUCAUACUCCUGGCACAGAAGGGGUAUAAAUGGGUUUCUUGCCAUCACCUGAAUCUUUAGCUCUUGCCACGCAUUAUCUAUCAGAAUCAAGUCGAAACUCUGGUUGGGCCACUCCAAAACCUAUUUAACACUUCUAUUCAGAAGUGAUAAAUAGUGAUAAAUUAGACUGGGUUGUCAUACAACCCAGUCUAAUUCAGUUCAUACCAAACAUGUUGGUAAAAUGAAAAAAUUACUUUAAACAUAGGUCAGUCAGGCCAGUAGUCAGAUGCACAUAUUGCAUCUGACUUGACUUUUUUGAUUGCAAUAUUGUGAUAAUGAUUACUUAUAUUUAAAUAUUAUGCAGCUGUAACAGUGACAACAUUCCAAAGGUUCUGGCGAAAUAGUAGAUGCUUAACAACAGCUAGCCAAUGUUAACCUUCUGUGUGUUUAUUCUCCUUUCUGCUCACUGCGAUAUGACACCUGUCACCUACAUGUAACCACAGAACCUGCUAAUAAUUAAAAGAAAUUUGAACCCUACUUGGAAUUUCGACUGCUACCAUUGCCUUGUACAAUUGGAACAACAUUAACUGUGUGUAUUCUGUUUGUACUUUGAAGCCAGAUUUUUCAAGUUUCCAGUGGGAAAUACACCCACCCUAAAGUGGGAAUUCUUACUCGAAAAGUCUAGGCUCAGUAUUUAGUAUGGCUGAUAAGUAUAAAAAAUGUAAAUGUGGCAGGGAUAAACUUUUUAUUAGCACUUCUGACUGUAUUUUAUUAAACCAGUUGGAUUCAUAGUGCUGUACAUUAUUUAUUUGUGAACAUUCCAUUUGGAGUGCUUGAAGACAGAAAUAUGUUAUCUUGUAUUUCUAAAAGUGCCAUCACAUUGUUUCCUGUCUUGCCAUGUAUGUUAGCAUAUUGAAAACGUGUUAGUCAGGUAUAAACAUGAGAAAAUGAAGUGGGUUUUGUGCCUGCAAUGUCUUAAGUAUGUGUUUUGCUUUAGAUGCACCCCGGGGUUGAAUAGUGGAUGUGUAUUGGGAUCAAGGGCAAAGAUUUUAUAGUGGUCAACUGCAUCAGGAUGAGAUAGUUGAUCAUGUCAGUUCCACUUUCAGUUUCAAGAAAAUCUUCAUCAGCGCAGAGGGAGAGCUUGUAUAAUGUUGCAUGAGAUCAGAUAAUGUAAUCAUUAGGUAUUUUCUGCACUAUGAAAGUAGCCUUUGUGUAAAUGCUGUAGCAGUGGUGAAUAUGUGUGGCAUAACUCAUGCGUGAGUACUGUGGCACUCAUGGUGUGGAAUUUGAUAUAUGUCCACAAAUCUGUGGCAGCCAGCUUAGCUGUUGAUAAAACUGUGUAAGCUAUGUUGUUAUAACAUAGGAAGGUGAUGGUGGAACAUUAUUUAACUUAUGGCAGGGUAUCUUCCUUUUCCUUUAAAAUACAAGGAAACUCUAAAACAGAAAGACAAGUGUAUCAUAGUAAGCACCACAAGCAUUAGCAGAUCUCACUGAUUUGGACUUCCAAUUGGAACAUACUUUACCUGGGUGUGACUUCAUUUUCAGAUCUAGGCUCUCACUUCCAAGGCAAAUCAGACACAGCAUAAUCAACCUGUGUUGUUUCUGAGUUGUUUUCACCCAACUCCUUUAGCCACUCUGAAAUCUAUGCACAUUUUCAAACUGAAGCAAUUAAUGAAUUCCAGACGGUGUCAUGCAUGACAUCCAUGUUUUUCCAAAUGACAAAAGUAAUUCUCUGUGGCCUUUUGAUGCUCCCAACUCAGACCAAACGAAGAAAUGGCAAGCUGCCAUUGCUCAAUGUGUUUAUUGUCGAAAUUGCUAGCUAUCAAGGUAUUUAGAAUAAGCAGAGACAGAAGGACUGGAAUUAAGUAAAACAGCCUCCCUUUGUUCAAAGCCAGACCAGCAUCUUCAUCCCAUCAAUAUGGCCAAACCUCUCCGGCGGUGAUCCCAAAAUGUUUAUGCCACGGAGCCUUUUUAGUGCAUGUGGAAUGACAAAAAGUAACAUGCGAAACUCUUGAUGUCUGUACACUCAUUUAGCCUAAAUGUAAUCUUGUGUGUUUUGAAAGCAACACAAAUGAAUGUAAUCUUAAUGUUUGCAUCGAGGUCGGGGUAUCAUUUCCCCGAGCCGCAGCGCCACAUUAAGCCGGACAUUUAGUCGUUGAAGGAGAAAACAAUUGAGCCUCGCAGUCUGACACAAAGGGGCAGCCUGGAUAGCGAGACACUUCAAAUGAGCUUUGUUUUCCAGCGCAACAAAAAAGAAAAAGAUGCUCAUCGUCUCCGCAGCCGCGGAUGGCCAUUGUGCCGGCGUGUAAUAGGAUUAUUUCAUAAUCACAAAGUUAAGCGCUCUGAUCCGGCUAUUGUUAAACUCACAUCAGUCUUAAUAAUUGCAUUUGGAAGAAAAAUCCAGGAGGAGCUUUCAUUGGCCUAUUACACGACAAGUCACACCCACAGCAUUAAGCCGACCGUGGGUCAUUGGGGUCAGUUUGCGCACCAGACAAAAGAAAAAUGCUCUCUGCAUGUCAUUACUUCCCUUUUUACCCAUUAAAGUGUGCAUUAAAAACAUGCCUUUUUUUUGUCUAUAUAUGAGUGGGGCUCUUGGGCAAAAAUAUAUGGCUUGUUUGCAACAGGCUGUGCAUGGCUGUCUCAGUGGGGAUGCAAUGAAAUACAUGCAGACACUCUAUUACUCCCUGUGUAAAAGAUAUGCUUGUUAAAAACAAAGCGAUUCCUUGAAUAACCCCCAUUAGGCUUCUUGUUGCUCAUAUUUGAAUAAAAGAUUGCGUCUUUA